GGUAAUGUUCAGUGUCUACCUAAUAGACUGUUGAGAAUACAUACAUAUGGAGACACUGGAGUAUGUGAAGAGUUACAUGAGAUCGAUGGCUGCAACCAUUGCCGGGCAAACAGGGCAGCAGGCAACGCCGCUUCCUUCGCAAAUUACAUCGGUGGAGGAACUACAGUCAUUUGUUAUACUAAUGCAGGAUGCAUUCAACAAUUGUCUAAACUGAAAGGUGUGCAUGGAGACACGUUGUCGGAGACUGUACGCCUCAUGAUGCAGCGUCUUCUAACGCGGUCAUUGAUGGCGGAGAUCAAUUACUCCGGUCUCCGCAACAAACACGGAUUCCGGAAGAUGAAGCUAUUCACCGAAGUGCAAGCUGCUCUAUUAAAACGUUUCUCCGGAAGUAUUGUGUCACCUGAUGAUGAUGUCAGGAAAUACUUGAAAUCGAUUCGUGGCAACGCAUGGCGCGACACUACCAAAGGUUGUGCAAGCAGCCAGCAGGUUUUCCAAUUCGUGGACUUGGAGCGCACUUGAGACAGCAUGGAAGAAGCGUAACCGAUUCAAACGGAACAUGGACCUCUGUUGUCAAUAUUGAUGUCCUUCCAUUUAAUGUAUCCACUACUAUGCGUCGGUAAACGGACUUCUUACUGUGAAAAAAUCGGAUUCCAUUCCCGCUAUCUUUGUGCUUAUUGGGAAU